ACAUAGAACUGUUAAAAUCCUGCCCUAGGGCAUUCUAUUACAGUAUGAUUGUUAUAUUAAUCCCCUUUAACUUAGGUAACAGAUCUGAUGUGGUCAGGGCAGAGUGGGCUUGGUACACUCCCCAAGGACAUAGAUAGGGUGAGAUCUGCAGAUCCCAGCUGGUUAGUUGAACCCUGUCCUUCCUGAUCUCGGUUGGGGUUUGUCCUGUCCCCUCUGUCCUGUGGUCAGUUUAUGCUGCAUGUGAGUCAGUAAAUAGAGUUGCCCAGAUUGUGCAACCAAGGUUUCCCCUGACAGUGGGAAAAAGUUUGGGUGAUUAGCAAAUGGUGAAGUCCUCAGUGUUUGUGAUUCCUUUGAUGCUCAAAGUGACAGUCAAGUGACAUCCUAAAGGCCAAGAUCACAUCUCUUUGUAGCCUGCUUUUCCUGCAGCUCCAGCCUUGCUUGCUUUCCUUCCUGAAACUUUUGUGGUCCUUCUGUAGGGCCCCACCCAGGCAGUUCUUAGAAUGUUCAUCCCUCCUGGUGGGUUCCUUUUCCUUAAGAUCCGGUGUCACCUUAAGAGAUCUGAAUAUGUCCUUACUUCCUGACAGCCCCUUCUUCCCUUAAUGCGAUGCCGGAUGGGGCGGGGCACGAUGCAGGCUUCCGGCGGAAGUGCUGAAAGCAAGAUGGCGGCCGCCGAAAGGGUUCCAUAUGCUGGCGUGGAGCGAGCCGGGGUACUCGCGGGCUGUGCCAAGAUUGAGCCGGGGGUGGGCAGAGUGGAAAGGGUGCAGACCCAUGGCCCCAGGUGUCCUGUAGGGCUUCACGCUCUCGACCUGUGAAUGGUGCCCGCUAGCGCCCAGAUCCAUUUUCCCUACCCCUUCCAACCCUGGACCCAGAGCGGUGGUUGCGAUCUGUUACCGUGACUUCAACCCUCAUUCCAAACUGGCGCCCGUUUGUUCCACAAACUCCAUUACCUCUGGCCCGUUAGAGGAAGGAGGUCCCAGAAUAGCUGGGAAAUUACGAGAACAGCCUCACUGUGCGGGUUGGUGAAUGCUGUGAUGCGGUUGUAUGGUGGACGGUGAUGUUGAAAGCCAGACUGGGGAAUGACUUCUCCAUCCGGAGAGUUUGGUCAGAUGAAGACUGGGUGGAGAAGUUUUCUGGGAAGAGGAUGAAAAGAAAGAUGAUUCAGAACCUCCCAAAGCAGAAAGCCAAGAGGGAGAGACUGCCUCUAAAAAGGCCUGGUCAAAUCUUCAGGUGUACAUGGAUUGGGAACAAGCUGGCCGGCCGCAUCCAGAUGCUCCUGCAUUCUGACGUCGUGCCCAUGACAGCAGAGAAUUUUCACUACCUGUGCACCCAUGUAAAGGACUUGGUUUCAAGGGAAGCAGCUUCCACUGCAUCAUCCCCCAGUUCAUGUGUCAGGGCAGUGAUUUCACAAACCACAGUGGCACCAGGGGCAAGUGCAUUGACAAGAAGAAAUUUGAUGAUGAAAACUUUAUCUUCAAACACACAGGACCAGGUUUGCACAGGCAUGGCUCCAUGUGUCCCAUGACACAUUUGACCCUCAUGGAGGCCUCAAAAGGGCAAGACCAGCAUCCUCUUCUACAGAGGAAGGAGUGGGUGCAGCAGAGGGAGGGUUUCACCAUGUUGCCCAGGCUGGUCUCGAACUCCUUGGAUUAUAGAUGUGAGCCACCGUGCCUGAUCAAGGCUUCGCCUUUGAACCUCCUACAAGAAAACCAUAAGGCUGUGGAAUACCAGGAACUAAGAUUCUAGGUAAAAAUUUCUAGAAGGAAGCCUGGGUGCCAGAGUCUGCAAACACACAGAGCACUCAGCAGUGAGCAGCACCAGUGAUCCCAUCAGAAGCCACUUUCAUCAUUUAAGGUUGUCCCAGACACCAAGGCACCAACAGCCUGGGGAUCUGGAGAAAAAACAAACGGCCAAGAGAGAAACAGGGAAAAGCCAAAGGGUUGAGAGCCACACCAUCUAGACGCUCCCUGCCUGCGGUGUGGCACAGGUGGGUGAGUGCACAUGCACAUCCCUCAUGCUGUGCGACAUAUCCUAGGUGGGCAGACUUACCAGUGUACUCAGGUGCCCGCGUGUUAAGAUCACAGUCCCCACAUGGUGUGUACGUCCAUUUCAUGUGCUGUGCCUCUGUCAGUCUGCGCACCGCACACAGGUGCAUAAGUGUCCCACAGGAGCAUGUGCAGUGAGUUGAACAGGCGCAUGUACACGGCUGUUUAGUGUCAGUGUGGGGUGUGUCUGUGUUCAGGUGUGAGUCUACAUGGGCUAGCAUGGCUGUAUGAGGACCAGGUCCUGCAGAGCUGUGGGAAUUUUGUGAUAUUACUGACUCCGUGCAGAGGAAGCUCCCUGAGACACGGAGCAGGUGCCCUCCUAGCUGGCUGGACCAGACCCCUCUCCGCAGGGCCCCCCACCCCAGAAGGCUGGGUAGGACAGGCAUGGUACUGACCAGGGACUGCAGGAUGGCAUGGUUGGUGGCGUUCAUGCAGGAGCCCAACGGGAAGGAGCACUCACCCUCACAGUAAUAGGCCGAGUACCCUUGCGGGGCGAUGAUCCAGUCCUGGGGGUCAUGGGAGAAGGUGAGUCCCAUCCAUGUGCCCCUCUCUGAGCCUUGGGCCCAAACCUACCCUCCACCCCUGCAGGGCAGUAUCCCCCAAGAGGCCUGAAUCCAUCCAGGAACCCCCAGCAGAUGCUAGGCAGGAGCUCAGGCCCGACAUCCCCCAUCCUCACUCUACAUCCCUCCCUAGCCGGCCCUCCCUGCCAAUGCCUCCCAGAGCUGCAGUCGCAGCGCAGCGGCAGCCGCAGCCAAUGCAGAGAGGUCUCAGUUUCCUUGUGGCGAUGCUGACAGCUUAGUUCGUUGAUUCAGUCUUUAUUUGCAUGGUUAAAAAAAAAAACAAAAACAACACACCCUUUCUCACCAAGUUCUCACUUUAGAAAACUUGGAAAACACAAAGACAAAAAGACCGCCCAUGAUUCUUUGUCCUCCCUGCAGAUUCCCUUCUGCUCCACAGGUGGCGAUUGUCAUUUCAGAAACCAGGACAAGAGGCAGCACUUACCAGCCAGCCGAGGUCCUGGAAGCUGACGUAGAGCUCGUGCCGACGGCAGACCUGCCGGCCAUGGGAACCGUGGACAUCAUCUGUAGGGACAGAAGGGACAAG